AUGGUUCUGUUAGGAGAUUUACCUGUUGAAGCACUUACGAUAAUAUUUAAUUAUUGUUCAGGUAACACUAUAGCUCUAAUUAGGAGUAUGGAGAAAAGUCUUCCAUUCCAUGUCCUACUAGCUCUUCCUAGAAAAUUAAGGCAAGUGAUUAUAUAUAACAAUUUUGAGAGGUUUAAUUCUCUAAAUAACUCAAAACAAUCACAUAAUGUAAUAGUAUAUCAUGGCGAUAAAAAAGUAAGGCGUUAUCAAGAUAGUUCUGAGAUGAUCCUUGCUAAUUUAGAUCAUAUAAAUGUAAAAUGCUUGAAGAAAAUAACUUUGAAUUUUGAUAUGUUAAGUUGUGAUAACAUUAGACUUUGUGAUAACAUUAGACUUUUAUAUGACUUAUCCAACAAACUUUCAAAAAUAGGUAAUUCAAUUCUUAAUCUUAACUUGAUAAUAGAAAAUUUUAAAUUUAUAAAAUAUAAUGAAGUUUUGCCAUCAACGUUUGAUCUACUAGGAAAUUUAAAGUGGUCAACUGUUACACUUCUGGCUGAUAGAGAUAGUUAUUUUGAAGAAGAUCUUCCAAUUAAGUUCCCUCUUUUUUGGUUGGAAAACUCUUCAAAUACUUUAAAGGAGCUAGCUUUUGGUAGAAGAAUCAAUGUUUCUAAAACACUUUCAAUAUUUAACUUUCCCAAUUUGAAAAAGUUUGCCUAUGAGUAUAAUACCCACAGGAAGUAUCAAAUUAGCCUGUUCAUCCUUAAGCAUCUUGAAACAUUAGAACUGUUAGCUCUAAGAGAAAAUAAUAUUCAUUUCCUUAAAAAUCAAGACUUCGCUAAUUUGAAAGAAAUAGAAUUUUCAGGUUUGGAAAGGGAUCCAGAUGAAGAUUUAAAAGUAACCUUACUUACUAAAUUGUCAGCUAUUACAGUGCAUGGGCGCUACCCUUAUUUUCAUUCAGAGUAUUUUAAAGAUCCUGAAAUUUUAACCCAUCAUGUACAUUUAAGAAUAAAUCUGCAAUACCUAAUGAUAAAAUACUUAGAAGUAGUACAUGAUAGUUCAUUGUUGAAAGUAUCUUUGAUACCUGCAAGAAAGAAUAGAUCAAUAAAUACUUAUUAA